ACCGAUUUUCUGCUGCCACCGAAAGAAAAAGAACAGAAAACGACGACGGAAGCCACUAGAAAAGUAAGCAAAAGGGUGUCGCGCAGGAAAAUCGGUGCAAAAGAUCCGGAAAUUUUCCUGGCUAAAUCGUUGUGAAAAAGAGUGGUUUUUAGUGAAGCGCAAAGGCGGUGCAGUGAGGAAGUGGAAUAUCGUAUUGGUUGGGAUUCGGAGGUGAAAAUCAGGUGGUUUUCGGUUCGUAAAAGAGCGUUUGUUUUGGGAUUCUUUCAAGCUGGCUGCCGCAACGAUGACCACCCAGCAGAGCCCCGCCAGUCUGCAGGCGGCGGCCAAUAGCGAGAAAGUGUUCCAAUGGAUCAACGAGCUGUCGAAUCCGGAAACUCGUGAAACCGCCCUGUUGGAGUUGAGCAAAAAGCGUGAAUCUGUCCCGGACCUGGCUCCGAUGCUAUGGCACAGCUUCGGAACCACUGCGGCGUUGCUGCAGGAAAUCAUUAAUAUCUAUCCGUCGAUCAACCCGGCCACUUUGACGGCACACCAGUCAAACCGAGUGUGCAACGCUUUGGCUCUGCUGCAAUGCGUGGCGUCCCAUCCGGAGACUCGAUCCGUUUUCCUGGCGGCCCAUAUUCCACUGUUCCUGUAUCCGUUCCUGCACACCACGUCCAAAACGCGUCCAUUCGAGUAUCUGAGGCUGACUUCGCUGGGAGUAAUUGGGGCGUUGGUGAAAACCGACGAGCAGGAAGUCAUUACCUUCCUGUUGACCACCGAAAUCAUUCCACUGUGCUUGCGGAUAAUGGAAUCCGGCUCGGAACUGAGCAAGACGGUGGCGACUUUUAUCCUGCAGAAGAUUCUGUUGGACGACAGCGGCCUAUCGUACAUUUGCCAUACGUACGACCGAUUCUCCCACGUGGCCAUCAUUCUGGGUAAGAUGGUCAUUUCCCUCUCGAAGGAACCCUCAGCAAGACUGUUGAAACACGUUGUUCGGUGCUACCUGAGACUGUCUGAUAAUCCAAGAGCUCGAGAAGCGCUCCGCCAGUGCCUGCCGGAUCAGUUGCGUGACGGAACGUUUGCCGCCUGCCUGCAGGAGGACAAAUCCACCAAGCCGUGGCUGUCGUUGCUGCUCAAGAAUCUAGAGACCGUCACCGUACCUGGGGCCGACCCACGGCAGGUCGGCAUCUCGCCGUUGACUUCCUAAUAGUCUGGCCACUGCUUAUGAAGCAAACACAGAACGGCAUGCAGUCAACCUGUUGGGAGUGGGAGUCGGUGCAGCGAGAUCCUGCGCGAUGCAUUGUGUUCCUGAACCUCCACCCAGAACGCCACGUGACCACCAGUCGACACAGAUGAUAUGAGAGACACACCACAACAAGAUUGAAGAAUUUAACUUAUUUCUCCCAUUUUUUUCCCCUUUACCUCUAAUUUGCUUGCAAUCUUGUUAGAUACAAAUUGUUGAAACUAAACCGAAUAACAGUUUGGAAUUGUAAAGACUCAAAACUAAUAUUUUCGAAGAGUAAGAGAACGACAACCAAUUUAGUUUAGCUCUAACUUAAGAAAGAGUAACCUAAAUUCGAUCCAUGAAUCGCAAAAGGUUAAAUUGUGCUAAGAUAUUAACGAAAUUGUUUUUCUUUAUUGGAAAGUAAGCACAACAACUCAACGAAUCGCUUGUUCAAUCCGGAAUGUCAGCAUCGAGUCGAGAAGCUUUUAAUGCGUUUUGUUUGUACCAGGAACUUCCAGAUCCUCGUUUGUGUUUGCAUAACAGCAGGAUGUGCUGCUUAUUGCCGUUUAUUUGAAGUCAUGUAUUUCCAUUUUUGCUCUAUUCUAUAAGCAAUCGUUCUAUAAGACGGAAAAUAGCAUACACACACAAAACGAAUCAUCUCAAAUCACUCAGUAAAUAGGAAUGUAAGGGCGCCAGAGCCAGUUGGAUUGUCGAAAGAAGAGAAUGGAAAAAGAUGGAUUUACAAGUAGAGCUAGUGUAUCGUUAGAGAUCAGUGAUAUGUUUAAUAAAAAUAAAUACUAUUGAAAGAUUGAGUUUUGAAA